UAUGAUCAUUAAAAGGAGAGAGAGAGAGAGAAGUAAAAUAGAGUACAAAAUUGAAGCAGAAAUGAAUGUAGACCAUGUUAACUAUGCAGUACCUUUUCCCUAAAACCCUAAACCCCAAUUCUUUUCUCCGUUGCUUUACCAAUACUCCAAAAUCUUGCUCCCCAAAGUCCUUCACUGUCGGAAGCAUGAGUUCCGCGUCACGAAUGUUCCAGCUGAAAGUUGACCCAUUAACCGGAAACACUGAAUGGGUCGUCAUUGAAGAAGAAGAUGAAGCUUCUGGAGAUUCUACGAAACAGCUACUUGCUAAUACUUCCUAUCUUGAUAUGCUUAAUGAUACUCGCAGGAAUAAAGCUUAUAGGGAGGCCAUUGAUAAAACCAUAACUAAACCUUGCCAUGUUCUCGAUAUUGGAGCGGGAACUGGUUUACUAUCUAUGAUGUCAGCCCGAGCAAUGGGUCAUGGAGAUUCAGUGGAGAGCUCGGGCUCUAAGGGAAUGGUUACCGCAUGUGAGUCAUAUCUUCCUAUGGUAAAAUUGAUGCGGAAGGUUUUGCAUGCCAAUGGUAUGCAAAGAAAAAUCCGCAUCAUCAACAAGAGGUCAGAUGAACUAGAAGUUGGUGUGGACAUGCCUUCACGGGCAGACGUACUUGUUAGUGAAAUACUCGACUCUGAGCUUUUGGGGGAAGGCUUAAUUCCAACUCUGCAGCAUGCUCAUGACAAGCUGCUGACUCACAAUCCAAAAACAGUGCCUUACCGAGCAACGAUCUAUGGUCAGCUGGUAGAAAGCACAGAUUUGUGGAAGCUGCACGAUUUGUUUAACAAUGAAAAAGGAGUACUAGAUGGAAUUCGUCUUGUUCCUGAGGAAAUGGAUGCAGCUGUAUGUGUCAAACACCAACAAUUUUCCAUGCAUUGUGAUGCAUUGAAAGAGGACAUCAAAUUGCUGUCAGAGCCCUUCAAAGUAUUUGACUUUGACUUUUGGAGAAGGCCAGAUAGUCAUCGUGAAACCAAACUGAGUGUAAAAGCUACUGAUACUGGCACUAUUCAUGCUAUAAUCUCAUGGUGGUUGCUCCAGCUUGAUGAAGGCGGCACUGUCUUCUACUCCCCUGCACCAAAAUGGAUAAGCUGCCCAGCUAAUGUGGAAGGACCAAAUGUAUCCAUCAGCUGUUGUGACAACUGGUGUGACCAUUGGAAACAGUGUGUUUGGUUCAUCCCAAUGAAAGGGUUGUCUUUAUUAAAGGAUGAAAAUGUUAGUUUGCUGGCUGCUCACACUGAUACUAGCAUUUCAUAUGAGAUGGAGACUUUGUCCCAGAACAUGAAACUUGGACGAAGUGAGCUCAGCACUCAGAAGUACCAGAUAACUCUGCCACCAGAAAAAAUUUCAUUAUACUGUGAUGUCAGUUGGAGAUGCUCAAUGCUAACAGCUAUAAAAAAUGCAAUGAAGCAGAAAAUGCCCUCCUUGAGCGUUGUUGUGGAUGAUAGCAUAUUUUUGGCUGUUGCUCUGGCCCAUCUCACAAAAGGGUCUCAUGUGAUUUCACUGUUUCCAGGAUUGCAAGAGAGAGGUGUGCAUUAUUUGCAAGCUGUUGCAGCUUCAAAUGGUUAUUCAAAGGAUCAGGUAGAAGUCCAAAAGAUCUGCGAACUGUUGACCUCUCAAAAUAGUAAGAGAAAGAUUGACUUGAUUGUUGGAGAACCUUUCUAUUAUGGAAACAACAGUGUGCUCCCGUGGCAAAAUCUGCGAUUUUGGAAGGAAAGAAGCUUAUUGGAUUCAAUCCUAUCAGAAGAUGCAGUAAUUAUGCCUUGCAAAGGAUUGUUAAAGGCGUGUGCAAUGUAUCUUCCUGACCUUUGGAGAAGUCAUCGGUGCCUGCAAAAUAUUGAAGGUUUUGAUCAUUCAGUUGUCAAUUCCACAUUAGGGGCAUGUGGAGGUUUACCUUCUGGACAAGAGAAUCCUACUCUGCCUUUUUCAAUCUGGCAAUGUGGGGAGAGCAAGGAAAUGAGUGACACGGUUACUAUCAUGGAAUUCAAUUUCUUGAAACUGAUAAACUCAUGUUCUGGAAAAGCUAAGGUAGAAUUUAUUGCACGUGGAAAAUGUCAUGGAUUUGUUCUUUGGAUUGACUGGGUGAUGGAUUCAGAGGAGUCCAUUGUCUUGUCUACAGGACCAGAACAAAGAUACUGGAAGCAAGGUGUAAAGCUUCUGAAGGAGCCCCUGGCUGUGGGGAGCCAUAGCUCUGCCACCACUGAUUGCCACUCAGCAGAAAUUAGAACAUCUUUCGAUGCAUCAACUGGUGACCUCAUUGUAGAUUAUGCGUUCUUAUAACCAAGAGUGCAUCAAUUGUCUUGCCCAAUUUGACAUGAUGCAGAGUAUAAUCAUCUCAGUGCCAUCCAAGGCCAGAGCUGUAAGUCAUCGUACUCCUCACUCUUGCGUGGCAUAAAUACAUUGACAAUGAAGGUCUAGCCCAAAUUCUAAGGCCACAGCUUCGAGGAUGUUAGGGUUCCAGUGAUUGUCACUGUCAGCACUGCUUGCUGUGUAAUACUGCAGUCUGCAACUCCUUGAUAACUACUUACUGUGUGAUUAUAUUACCUAAAUGUGGCCUUGUGCGCAGAUUUUCUCCAUCUAGGUCUGUAUUUUGAGUGGAUUGAUCUACCAUUCUAAGUGUUUUGUACAUUUCGCCAUUUUAAAAGUCAUCUUCAUCGCUUUAUUUGUAGUAUGUUGAAAGACUUUAGUCGUAAAAACACACUUUUGUACUCCGGUUUGUUACUUUGUUUGAAGAUUAAAAACCUCAGUCUUCAUUUUCGUGCCAA